AAGACCUUGAAAAGAACGCGAUUUGGGGUUGCGAGGUGCACUCGAGUUCGACACAUUUUGGGCCUUCCGCUCAGGCAACCGUGUUGCGACGUAUGUGCGCAUAUUGCCAGAUACAAUAACCCCAAGCUUAUUACCCAGCAGGCAGGGUUCGCUAUUACACCCCCUUAGUCACGCGCGCUCUCUCUCUUCCUCUCUUUCGCGACAGCAAUGAAUGCGGCAUGCGGUUAGACUUAAUCCGAGCCAGACCAAAACGGGCUGUACACAAAAGGGCGAAGAGCUCCUCGCCUGCCUGAAAGCAGUAAAUCCUCUCGAAUCAUAGGAUUUAGCAACUUUUCGCAGUGUUAAUACAUUGUUCCACAAGUGCUGUAUUCGUAAUGUCUGAGUACACGGGCGCGAUGCCGUCGAAUCACAUCGACACAAAUGGGGCAAAUGGUCCAUCUUACGAAAAGUUCAAUUACGAUGAGGAAACUGAGCAGAUACGCGACAUUGAAGAAGAUGAAGAGCAGGAUGACGAGGACAUUGAUGCCCUUAUCGAGGAGCUGGAAUCACAGGACGGAAAUGCCGACUACGAAGAAGAAGAAGCACAUGUGGCCGGUAGCGCGCGACUUAUCCCCGAAGAGCUUCUUCAGACCAACACACGUACUGGUCUUACGUCGCUGGAGGUUCAAUUACGCCGCAAAAAGUUUGGUCUCAACCAAAUGAAAGAGGAGAAGCAGAAUCUUUUUCUAAAGUUCCUGAUGUUCUUCGUCGGGCCCAUCCAGUUCGUAAUGGAGGCUGCUGCUGUGCUUGCCGCUGGUCUUCGAGCCUGGGUGGACUUUGGUGUCAUUUGCGCCUUGCUCUUACUCAAUGCUUGUGUUGGCUUUAUCCAGGAGUAUCAAGCUGGCUCCAUCGUCGAAGAGCUCAAGAAGACGUUGGCUCUCAAGGCGACGGUUCUCCGUGACGGCGCGCUUAUCGAGAUCGAGGCUACUGAGGUCGUUCCUGGCGACAUCCUACAGGUCGAGGAGGGUACUAUCGUUCCAGCCGACGGUCGCAUUGUUACAGAAGCCGCUUUUCUCCAGGUCGAUCAGUCGGCUAUUACCGGUGAGUCACUUGUGGUCGACAAGCAUAGGGGCGACACAUGUUAUGCUUCAUCCGCGGUCAAGCGCGGCGAGGCUUUCGUCGUGAUCACGGCCACCGGUGACGGCACUUUUGUUGGACGCGCAGCCUCUCUCGUUGCUACCGCUUCAGGUGGGGCCGGCCACUUUACCCAAGUCCUGCACGGUAUUGGUACCAUUCUCUUAGUCCUGGUUAUCGUCACGCUUCUGGUCGUAUGGAUCAGCUCGUUCUACCGAUCCAACGGCAUUGUUCACAUCCUUGAGUUUACUCUUGCCAUUACUAUCGUCGGAGUUCCCGUCGGUCUUCCCGCUGUUGUAACGACCACCAUGGCUGUUGGCGCCGCUUAUCUUGCCAAGAAACAAGCCAUUGUUCAAAAGCUUUCCGCUAUCGAGUCACUAGCUGGCGUGGAGAUCCUUUGCUCGGACAAGACUGGAACUCUGACCAAGAACAAGCUUUCUUUAGCUGAACCCUACACUGUAGCUGGUGUUGAACCUGAUGACCUCAUGCUAACUGCCUGUUUGGCCGCUUCGCGGAAGAAGAAGGGCAUCGACGCUAUCGACAAAGCAUUCCUUAAGUCUUUGAAAUACUACCCGCGCGCCAAAAACGCCCUCAGCAAGUACAAAGUUAUCAGUUUCCACCCGUUCGACCCUGUGUCCAAGAAGGUGCAGGCCGUCGUUGAGUCACCUCAGGGUGAGCGUAUCAUCUGCGUCAAAGGUGCUCCUCUCUUCGUCCUCCGGACUGUUGAAGAAGAUCAUCCUAUUCCUGAGACUAUAGACGAGGCAUACAAGAACAAGGUUGCAGAGUUCGCCACUCGUGGCUUCCGUUCGCUCGGUGUCGCUCGAAAGCGAGGCAACAACUCCUGGGAGAUUCUUGGUAUUAUGCCUUGCUCCGAUCCGCCUCGCCACGACACGUACCGUACAAUCAACGAGGCGAAGACUCUUGGUCUCUCCAUCAAGAUGUUGACAGGCGAUGCCGUUGGUAUAGCCAGAGAGACCUCUCGUCAGCUCGGCCUCGGGACUAACAACAUCUUCGACGCUGAACGUCUUGGCCUUGGAGGAGGCGGCGAGAUGCCAGGCUCAGAAGUCUAUGACUUUGUCGAAGCUGCUGAUGGGUUUGCUGAGGUCUUCCCUCAGCACAAGUACAAUGUCGUGGAGAUACUCCAGCAACGUGGCUACCUGGUCGCUAUGACGGGCGAUGGAGUCAAUGAUGCACCAUCACUGAAGAAAGCCGAUACUGGGAUUGCCGUAGAAGGAGCCUCUGACGCCGCUCGUUCAGCGGCGGAUAUCGUGUUCCUUGCACCUGGUCUCUCGGCCAUCAUCGACGCCAUUAAGACCUCCCGACAGAUUUUCCACCGCAUGUAUGCCUAUGUUGUCUACCGCAUCGCCUUAUCACUCCAUCUCGAGAUCUUCUUAGGGUUAUGGAUUGCUAUUUUAAACGAGUCUCUGAACCUUCAGUUGGUCGUAUUUAUUGCCAUCUUUGCUGAUAUUGCGACGCUGGCUAUUGCCUACGACAAUGCACCCUACAGCAAGACUCCAGUCAAGUGGAACCUGUGCCUGCCAAAGCUUUGGGGUAUGUCCGUCCUCCUCGGCAUCAUACUUGCUGCUGGUACUUGGAUCACCCUGACCACCAUGUUCCCAUACCCAACGGGUGAGCACCAAGGCGUGCACGGAGGUGUCGUGCAGAACUUUGGCCGCCGCGACCCGAUCCUCUUCCUCGAGAUCUCGCUCACUGAAAAUUGGCUAAUCUUCAUUACUCGGGCAAACGGCCCAUUCUGGUCAUCCAUUCCAUCAUGGCAGCUCACGAGCGCGAUUUUGAUCGUAGACGUUCUUGCCACCCUGUUCACCAUUUUUGGAUGGUUCGUCGGCGGACCAACUAGCAUUGUUACUGUUGUCCGAGUCUGGAUUUUCUCCUUUGGUGUCUUUUGUGUCAUGGGUGGCGUGUACUACCUCCUUCAGGGUAGCCAGGGCUUUGAUAACCUAAUGCACGGCAAGUCACCCAAGAAGGACCAGAAGCAAAGGUCCCUCGAAGACUUUGUGGUUUCACUACAACGUGUAUCGACACAACACGAAAAGACAUCAUAGCAUUGGAAUUCGCCCAUCUGCGCAUAUUUGUUUAUAAUAGAGAUGCGGAACACUAGUUACGACCAUAUGUCCGGCCAGGCUAGAACAUUAUUAGGGUAUUACAAGGCGUUGAAUACCACAUGGACUAUUUUAACGUGCAAUCUUGAAUAAGGUGUUGAAUGCCUCAUAGACUGUCUAACGUGCGAUUAAACCUCCCUAUCAGUGACGAUCUUGUAUGAUGCCUAUUCCAGUCUAAUGUAUCCUAUUUAUCGCUC